AUGAAAGGGUUGAUUUUUGUUCUUGUUCAAUAUUUUCAGUAUAUGCAUAAUGAUUCCCAAUGCGUUACGAGUACCGCAAUACGGGCAAACAUGUCCACAACCAGCACCUCGGUAGCAGAUCGCUACAAGCUAGUCUUCUUCGUCCCCCAUCCCAACCUCGAGGCGUGCAAGGAAGCCAUUUUCGACACCGGUGCAGGAGCCUUCCCUGGAGGGAAAUACACCAAAACAUGCUUCCAAAGUCCCGGAACCGGUCAGUUUUUGCCUGGAGGAGGCGCUAAUCCAAACAUCGGCGCCGUGGGCACGCUGGAACACGUGGAGGAGAUGAAAGUCGAGAUCCUGUGUGUUGGCAGGGAGACGAUGCUGGACGCAGUGAAGGCUUUGGUCACGGCCCAUCCACUAGAAGCCACUGUGUGGUUUGGCUCGGGCUCAUCGAGGUUUCAUUAUCGAGCAAUGGCUUCCAAACUCUUCCCCACCGUCGCGCGCUCUGCCCGCCAGCUCAUCCCACGGGUCUCGCGACCACAAUGGAGGUCCUUCUCUGCCGGUCCGCAGGUCCUUAGCGACUCUCUCGCAGUGCACCGCAACAGCCCCGACAACAACCCUUCCGUCCCGUUCAAGUUCAACCAAGACAACCUGAAGAUCAUGGACGAAAUCCUUAACCGCUACCCCCCACAAUAUAAAAAGGCUGCUGUCAUGCCCCUACUCGAUCUCGGCCAGCGCCAACAUGGUUUCACGAGCAUCAGCGUCAUGAACGAGGUCGCCCGGCUUUUGGAGAUGCCUCCUAUGCGAGUUUACGAAGUCGCGACUUUCUACACCAUGUACAACCGAGAGCCCGUGGGCAAGUAUUUCGUGCAGGUUUGCACUACGACACCAUGCCAGCUCGGUGGAUGCGGUAGCGACAAGAUCAUGGAAGCGAUUACCAAGCACCUCGGCAUUACCGCAGGCCACACGACAGAGGACAACCUUUUCACUUUCAUCGAAGUCGAAUGCUUGGGUGCUUGUGUCAAUGCCCCCAUGGUUCAGAUCAACGACGACUACUACGAAGAUUUGACCCCCGAGUCCGUUGUCUCCCUUCUGACUGCCCUAAAGGAGUCCGCUGCCAGCGGAUCAGCCAAGGUCCCAGCUCCUGGACCUCUCAGCCAACGCGAAUCCUGCGAAAACAGUGGUAGCUUGACUAACUUGAACGAAGUCAAGUGGGACCCAGAGACAAUGAUGAGAAAGGAUGGACAGCUGUAA